AUGGUAGCCAAGAAGGAAUCCAAAAUCGUAAAAAAGCAGAAAAAGAAAAAUGGGAAGAAGAGUAAAAUAGCUGUGAAAAAACCCAAGGCUAUGAAAAGCACCAAGGGGGUUAAGUACGUCCUGGACUGUACGAAGCCAGUAAAGGAUACCAUCCUUGAUAUUAGCGGAUUGGAACAAUUUUUUAAGGACAAAAUUAAGGUGGAUAAAAAGACCAACAAUCUGAAGAACAAAAUAGUGGUCACCUCGGACGACUGCAAGAUCUACAUCACGGUGCACAUCCCCUUCUCCAAGCGCUACAUAAAGUACCUUGCGAAGAAGUACCUGAAGAUGCACCAAAUUCGAGACUUCCUGAGAGUCAUCGCCAAGGGGAAGUUGGCUUACGAGUUUAAGUACUUUCAGCUGAACAAUUAG